CCGUCAGAGAGCAGAGAGAGAGCAGUGGGAGGAGAGCAGCAGCAGCAGCAGCAGCAGCGUUGCAGAGAGUCGAGCUGCAUUACUGCUGCUGUCUGCUGCAGCGGCAGGACUGUGGGUCUGCUGUGUGUCUGUUGUGGGUCUGUUGUGGGUCUGUUGUGUGUCUGUUGUGGGUCUGCUGUGGGUCUGAGCAGCAUCGUCAUGGUUCUGAUCGGAGCAGCCAUCAAGUCCGUCCUCAGACUCCUCAGCCAGAGUCGCGGAGAUGGUGAAAGCAGGUGGUCUGUUCACUACACUACCCAGAAGCCCCGGCAGGGUCUACGCUUCAUCGCCGGGAAGAAACGAGCAGGAAGCGCCGAUGACCUGCGAGCAUGUCCCGGACUAGCUCGACCCCGCCCACAGAGCCCAGGCCUCGACCAAUCAGAGGACAGCUCUCGGCGGCGCUGGAGGGACAAAGGCAGGAGGAUGUCGUCGGCAUCCUCAGAUGAAGACGAGAGGUUCAUCUUGAACAACACGCGACCUCUGACUCCGCUGGUCCUGAACCCUGUCCAGCUCACCUCUUGCUGGGACGUCUUCUCGCCAGCCUACGAGCCGACGGUGGGCAUGGAGAUGGAGCCGCCGCCUCGACUGCCGACGCCAGAGGAGAGGAUGAGGCAGCAGGCGAAGGCGGUCGCUGCUGAUGUUGUCCCCAUCAACGUAACGGGUGAGAGUUUUGAUCGUCAGGCCAGUUUUCGAAGAACUCUUUCCAACGCUGACUCGCUAACCAGGCGACCCCGCAACCUCAACCGCCGAAAGACGGUUACUGGGAUACCAAAUGAUGUCAGCCCCAAAACUUCAGUCUCUACGGUUCUUCCCGGUCAGUUCUCCACCGUGGGUCGACCUGCUUCCGCCUCCUGCAGCUCCUCCAACCAAUCAGAGGCCACAGAGGUGGAGGAGAAUGGAGGAAUCCGGAAGGACGGACAGUCGAGGAGGAUCCGAGCCCCUCGAGGAGAGGGGAUGUCCAGCCUCAUGGCCUCCCUUACUUCCUCCCCCCGUGUCCAAAACCACUCCUCGGAGUUCCACAGUCUCCCCCGUCCAGCAACCAACUCCUCUCUGAACUCUGAGGCCAGCUGUACCAGCGCCUCCUACAGGAUGCUCAGCGCCUCCUCGUCCUGCUACCAGUCACAAGAUCUCCAGGGUUUCCCCAGCGACCUCCAGCCCCUGCUGCCAUUUGACUCCACAGCCAGAGUCUUGCCGCAGUCUCCUUUCUCCUCUUCGUCCAUCCACGGUUCGCCCCCAACAUCAGAGUGGUCUUACUCAAGAAAUAAGCCCCUGAAUGAGGGUCCUUCCUCCACCCACUACCUCUCCUGCUCCUCCAUCACUGAUUCAGAGUCUCAGUUUAGCUACCAGGCUCUGGAUGAGCAGACCCAGACCCACCAGAGCACUCAGCAUUUCUACGAUUGUGACUCUUACAGUGGGGACAGAUGGAGCCACCAGCCCCUGUCCCCCAGCUCCAGUGUCCACAGCAGUGCUGUCCAGGACACAACAUGUGUUUCUGAGGAAAGUUGGAACUGCAACCCCCUGCUCUCCUCUGGUCGCUCCACCCCCUCUUGCACUGACAGCAACUCCUUGUGCUCUGAGAAGAUGACCUCCUCUCCCUCGCUAAGCCGAGAGAAAAGGAGGUCCAGCACUUCUUCCUCCACCUCCUACUAUCGCACUGCCACCCGCAGCAUUUCCCUCCGCAAGUCCAAGCGACCACCUCCUCCGCCGCUACGCUCGGACUCUCUGAGACGACGAUCUGGUCGGAGCAAACCCUCCCGCUAUUCGACCAGUCCCCGCCUGGAGCACACCACCAAGUGCAAGUCAUCUUCCCAGACCUACCACGAUCCCUGGGUGCCCCGGAUCAAAAGACGCCAGAGUGGAUUGAACUGUGGGACCGUCACAACCUUUGAACCUCUAAGUCCAGACUGCCAGGCAUCUGCUGAGUCUCCUACUCCUGAUCACCAACCAACCACCCCGGACCACCCUCCUGUCCGCACCCCGGCAUCUCCACAUUCAGGAGAGGGAGGCCUCAGACUUACUCUCAAUCCCCAACCUGCUGGCUCCUCUGUGUCCGGGCUCCAGCGCCUCGCUUCGCCCUCCAGUGGUUACUCCAGCCAGUCCAACACCCCAACUCCUGGCACUCCACUGUCUUCCCCCCUCACCCCUUCCUCCCCUCUCACAGCCAGUCCUGGAGCCUUUUCCCUCCCCCCAACCUCCCCUUUCUCCACUUCAUCCUCCUUCCCCCUUUCACCCGUCGCCUCCUCCUUGCCCAGGACAAGGUCUCGGGCCGAUGGGAAGCCGAAGCCACUGGUGCCAGAGAGGAAGUCAUCACUCCUGUCCUCCUUGUCGUCCUCCUUUUCCUCCACCUCCUCCCUCUCAUCCUGCACCUCCUUAGAGUCUUCGGCCAAACUUCCUCUCCUGCCGCCUCCUCCUCCUCCUCCUCCUCCUCCUACUCCUCUGCCAGAAUCGUCCUCCUCUUUGCCUCUUGCUCCUCCUCUUCUCACCAAACUCUCUGUAGCUCCUCCUCCACUUUCAUCUCUUCCUCCUCCUCCUACUCUUCCUCCUCCCCCUCCUCCUCCUCCUCUACCUCCUUUCUCCCGACCUCCUCCUCCCCCCUACUCCUUUGCUUUGAGACACAGCAGCUACCCUCCUCCUCCAGCUUCUCCACCUCCUCCACCAUCUUUAGAACUCCCAGACAUGCCAAUCGCUGACCUUCCUCCUCCACCGCCACCUCCUCCGCUUCCUCCUCUCUCUAUGCCCUCUGCCUCCCCCCUCCCCUCUCUAAAAGCUUGUGCUAAAGUGGCCACGCCUCCCUGCCCUCUGGUCACCGCCAAAGCUCUGCAGGGCGUCAAGCUUCGCUCUGUGAAGAACCUGGAUGCCCUGCAGGCCAAUGCUGCAUCUUCUGAUGGUGCAGUCCAAACCCAUGCUGACAUGUCAUCAGCUAAUUCUAACCAUGCUAAUGCUAACCAGGACCAACCAUCUGCUAUGUCCGAUAAAGUAAAUCGUGAUUGCCUGGCCAACACCGAUGUGGGACUUGCUGGACUGGGAUCACAACAUGCUUUCUGUGAUGUAGCUCCCAAUGAAGCUAACAUAUCUAGUGCGUUAAUGGGUAAUGCUAGCCCUAAAGACCCAGCCGAUGCUGACGCAAAGCACCCGGAACUCAAAUCAAAUCACAAUGAUUACAGACAAGCAGGAAGUGAGAUGGCAACACCCAACAGUGAGUCAGCUUAUUCUCAUCUUCAGAACUUAAAAGGCAUUAUUUGUAGCCCUGCUAAUCAGAGAAGCUCUGGGCCUCAGACAAGCAGUGAUGAAACUCCUCAAAACAUCCAGUCUGAUGAACGGGGAAGUGAAGACUCACACAUGUAUGCUACACAUACGAAAUACACAUACGUAAGCAAUCAAGUCAUCAGUCCUGACAGUCCUUGGGUAAAAAUGCCUGAUGAUGAAAAUCACAUUGACACAAUUAUUCAACAUGCGCAUUUACAACAGCAGGUAAAAGAUACAGUGCUAACAGAUGCUAAGCUAACAGAGCAUGCAGAGACACAUAGAGUAAGCAAAACAGUACCAUCAGUAGAGAAAAAUGACAAGAUCAAAUCUCGAAUGCAGAAUCUUGGUGCUGCUGAUCUGGCCUACGCUGAUAUGAAAACCAUUAACAGUAACUUCAGGACAAGCAGCCCCAAGAAGCUCUGCUCACCAGAGAAGCCAGUUCCACCAAAGAAGCCUGAUCUUUGUAUCCUGGGUGUCAUGGGUUCCCCCAAGACCAGGCGAGGACAAAGUGGAGGAAAGAGCAGGGAAAAAGUUUCAGCUCUUUCUUCGGAGCCCCCUGUGGACUCAUUGGACAUUUGUUUGCAUACACAUGUGACCCAUGAUGCACCUUCACCGAAGCACUCCACGUGCACCGCUGACAACUCGGUGAGGCCUGCACAUUUGAUGGAUGCAACAACUGCAGACAUUGCCACACUUUCACCUGCCAGCUCCCCUCAAUGGCAGAAACCACCAAUUUUGCACAAGAAGCCAGAUCUCUUAUUGACCUCACCCCAAACAACCGAACCUCUCUUUGCAUCUAAGAAUAAAAAAAGGGCCUUCAAAGGAACCUCCAAGACCAGUAGUAUUUCACAGACUCAGACCACCACAGGGACCAGUAGCACCCUAGAAAUAGUGGGCACCGCUGGGUCCAUGGGCACCGCUGGGUCCAUGGGCACUGCUGGGAUCAUGAGCACCACUGAGUCCAUGUGCACUUCUGGGUCCAUGGGCCCCUCGGGGAUCAUGGACACUUCUGGGUCCAUGGGUACCUCGGGAAUGAUAGGCACAUUGGGAAUCAUUGGUACCAUGGGGAUGAUGGGCACCUCGGAAAUCAUGGCUACUACAGGGGCCAGAAACACUGAGACCAGUAGCACCUUCAAAACCAUCUAUGGAACCCAUCACCCAUCAGGGAUUAUAGGUCAUGGUACCUACAGCAGCUUAGGGAGCUCAGGGUCCCAUGCAGCUGCUUACACCUGGACAGGGGGCUCCCAAACUGGGGUAACGAGGAUCACCAAGACAAGACUUUAUCAGGGUGAUGAGAAAACAUUUCAAAGGAGGAUGAUGAGGUCAUCACUGGCUGAAGAUGAUGAGGAAGAUGAGAAGGAAAGGGCAUUAGAGAGAGGGAUGAAGGCAAUUAUGAUGAUGACGGCAUCAUCCAGUACAAAGAUAAAAGACAAAGCAAGGAAGAGGAGAAAGAGGAGACCAGGCAGGCAACUGCUGAUGAUGUCAUCAACAAUGGCACCCUCUCCCUCAUCAUCAUCCUCAUCAUCAUCGUCGUCGUCCUCUUCGUCCUCGUCUGGAGAUGAACGAGACGUGACAAAAGACAGGAUAAUGCAAGCGAUUCAGAAGAGAGCAACGAAAAUGUGCGAUCAAGAGACGAGUGACUCUGAAAGCUCCUGCGCUCUGAUUGGUCAGAGCAGGUACUCGCUCAGCAGCGCACUGUCCACUGACAGCCUGCGGGGGGAGCUGUCACUUCCAGACCUCCUGAUCCAGGAACCAGAUGAGGGAGAGGUGGAGCGAGGAAAUGAAGAAACCCAGAGGAAAGGGAAGCAGACAAAGGAGGGCAGUGGAUCUUCAGAUGGCAAGUCGGCCGAGCUGUUCAUCAAUGUGUCGGCAGAUCAGAUGUUCGUCCCCGGUCGGCCCCGAACCACAGAGGAUUUAUUCGCUGUCAUCCACAGGUCUAAGAGGAAGAUGUUCGGUCGAAAAGAUUCAAAAGACGUCAGAAACCAUUCAUCGUCCUCCUCUUCGUCCUCUCCGAUGACCCCUACCGACCCCCUGACUCGCCCGACUCGACCUGCUGCCCUCCGAGGCCAAAGGUGUCAGAGAAGUGAAAGCUUUAAGGCUCUCCUGCUAAGGAAGGGGAGUCGGACUGAUGCGUCGUCUCGGGUCUCGGCCGUCGAGCAGCUUCGUAAAGUUGCAACUUCGUCUAUCGCUGAGCUCCAGACGAAGCCUCCAGACCCAGUCCAACCCUUCAUCCUGCCGCCCAGGUCUCCGAGUGUUCAGGACUUCUCCACGAUGUUCAGCGAUGAUCUGACUCGCCUCCUCCUCACCUCCUCGUCCUCGCCCUUCUACUUCCUCACCUCCCCCUCCCCUGUGCGACCUCGCUCCCUCACCCCUCCCUGCUCGGCGAGCCGACGCUUCGCUGCCCGCCGACGCCUCUUCGCCACUCCCAUGACAGCCAUCUCUGAAGGGGAUGGCGAGGAGGAGGAGGAAGAGGAGGUUUUCAGAGGUGCCAGAGAAUCGAACCUGAGAUCGGUUGAGAUUUCAUGAUGGACCGGGAGAAAAAUCUCACCUGAAUGUAUUCAAAACGGACCAACUUGCACCUGAAGCAUCAAACUGAAUGUACCGAAGCACAUCUGGUCAAGCAGCCGGAAAAAGACGUGAACAGUGAGCCGAUUUAACAUCCAGACGGGAUCUGUACUGCCGAUAUCUGUCAUUUAUCUGGUCACAAAAGAACAUUUGAGGUCUGCACAGCGUUUUCCACCCAUCCAUGCUCUGCAGGACCAAUAGGAAACCUCGCAUGAUCAUCAUAACUAGUCACAAUGACGUCUGAGAUUUGACUGGUCACGGCGUAAUUAAUCAAAACAAUGCCGCUGAUAUCCGUAACUGUAAUUCAAGGCUGUACUCUGUGCAUCUGGUAAGUGGAAUCUGUGAUUAUCAACACAGAGCUCUCUAACCGGGAUCUGGACUCUUUAGAGUUACGUUUGAGAUAUUUGUAAUAAAAACUCUUAGUCAUGGUGUAAUUAGUCAAAACAAUGCUGUUGAUAUCUGUAACUUUAAUCAUGGGAAUUUAAACUCGCAUAUAAAAUGUUAAAACUGCAGUUGUAGUGUUAAAAUGUCUGACGAUGACUGUCAGGAUUGACCUAUAAGCAUCUGAUAAGUAGCGUCUACAACUAUCAUCCAAAACUAAACUGAAAAGAUCUUGAACUGUGGUUCUUAUGGGUCAAAACGACAUUGCUGAUAUCUGUAACUAUAAUUGAAGGCUGCAUUCUAAGUGUCUGAUAAGUGGCAUCUCAAACUUUCAUCCAAAACUAAGUUACAAAGCUCUUUAACUGUGGUUCUUACGGGUCAAAAUGAUGUUGACGUCAGACUCAACUAUAAAACAUUCUAACUGCUGGUAUUGUGUUGAGAAGUCUAACGAGGGACGUCAGGACUUAACUAUAAGUGUCUGAUAAGUGGUGUCUACAACUUGGAAGAAAUGUAAAACUAAACUAAAAAGAUCUUGAACUGUGGUUUCUGUGGGUCAAAAAGACAUUGUUGAUAUCUGUAACUUUAAUUCAAAGCUGUAUUCUGUGCGUAUGGUCAGUGGUAUCUGCGAUUAUCAACCCGGAGCUACAGAGAUCUCUAACUGGGAUCUGGACUGUUCAGAGUUACGUUUGAGAUAUCUGGAAUACAGACUCUUAGUCAUGGUGUAAUUAGUCAAAACAAUGCUGUUUAUAUCUGUAACUGUAAUCCCUGGUAGGUAAACUUGUCUAAAACGUCUGACAAAGGACAUCAGGAUUGAACUAUAAAUGUCAAUGAUAAGUGGUGUCUUUAACUGUCAUUGGAACAAACCCCAAACUAAACUAAAAACAUCUUGAACUGUGGUUCUUAAGGAUCAAAACAAUGUUGCUGACGUCAAACUCAACUCGAAAAUGUUAAAACAGCUUGUCACACCUGUUUUUCUACUUUUUCCUCAUGUUUUCUUUCUAAUGGUUGAGGAACUAAUUUGUUUUUAAUCCCAAAAAACAACUUUAAAACACCAAAUUAAUUAAAUUUGUAUUGUGUUCACCUGUCAGAGGAUCUUGUAGUUCAUUAAAAAUUAUUUUAGUUUUGACCAGAAAUUGAUGUUUUUUCAUCUCAUGAGGGGCUUGUGUUUUUUUCUUGGGAUCGCAUUUUAGAAUGUAACAGUAUAAUAUAACGAAAUGCAGCAGUUAAGUGUUAAAGAUCCCCGAACAGUUCCUCUGAGGAUCAUUUUAACGAGCAAUAAUUAAAGAUUUAAUGUAACUGAAUAUCUAUAGCCUAUAGAGACGUUUUGAGUGUGUUGGUGAAAUGCUCGCCUCUGAGUCAUUAUAUGGAGUUUUUGAUUCUAUUCCCUGUUUAUAUCCUGCUGAGCUCAUUUCACUCGUGUUUUGUUUUGACUUUAACGAUAUAAAAGUCACAUUUUUCUUUUUCUCACCAGCUACACUGCCUGUAGUUGGUCCUAAGCUGUAAAUACUCCUGGUUCAUCCUUCUCUCUCAUGUUUUCUUUCUACGGUGUUUUUUCUGUAGCGUUUCAGACGUUUUCUUCUCUAUGAAUGUAAGAGGCUCUGAUCCACUGUAUUAACCCUAAUAUGAAUAAAUGUAAGUGGAAUCGUGAAACUGCAGAGGAAAGAAAAGGAAGCAACCAGUCAGAGAGAAACAGGACAGAGUCCGAAAGGAAUGGAAAUGUUCUUUGUAAAAAAAAUAAAGGUGAAACAUGAAAAUGAAAGCAAUAAAGGACAAAAGACGA